AUGACUGAAUACCAGCUUCGACUUGCUUGCACUUACGAAAGCCUCUUGUUCUGUUCCGAUCCCCGGGAACAUGGCGGCCAGGCACCUCGAAAUUCCUCCAUCGAUUCCGCCAUCUCUGCCAUCUCCUCAAAAUCACAACCUAAUAAGGGUGCUGCUCCUACAGACACGCCCACCACAACUGCUGAUAUCGCUCACCUCAUAAAAACGGCGGGAAGUGCGGAAGCUGUCAUCCAGUAUCUGCUCAAGGAAAAGAAUUCUCAGACACAACAAAACUCGCAGCUAUGGCGGCUGGUGGACAAGCAACGUGCUAUGAUCCUUGGACUCAACAAGGAUCUAGAACGGGCUUUAAAAGAUAAGGAAAAAUAUCGCAAGAAAUUGAAGGAGGUGCUCGCCAUGCCUGAGUUGAACGAGGCGUUGGAGACAAGAGUAUCCGGAAGUUCCCCAGCCUCGCUCAACCCCACAGAAGGGAACAAGGACAAGUCGCCUCAGGCGGCAGACCUCGCGCGGACACAGGCUCUCAGUGUUGCCGUCCCCGACUCUCCUAAUCUGGACUCUGAUAGCCAAAAGCACUCGCCUGUUGACAUGGCGAUGGCCCCAUACCCCAUCACUCCACCUGCCGAUGGCCCCAACCCCCUUCCCUCUGCCGUGGAUGAGCUUUUAAACCCUGCCCAUGCCAUGCCGAAGCCAGAAGAACAUGCGCUGGACGGAUACAACCACGAAGCAACGGAGCGAGCCGCCGACGACGACCGAAAGGAAGAUGCCAAUCAACAAUUCAGAGAGCUACCCAUCAACUUGUCUCUACCACCAUCCAGGAGUUUACCAAGCGAGCCCCCGAGCGCCCCCACACCCCUCCACCUCGUGAAGGGCCAGCGACCGGGUACCGCCGAAGAGGACGAGACUGAUACCGAUUAUGACGAUAUCCUGGAAGUGGAUGAAAUCAUCAGCGACAAGCGAGGCCGGCGCAGGACUAGGGAAGAAGACGAACGUGACCGACACAUCCAAGCUCUUAAAGAUGCAGAAGUGAGGAGUCUAUCUCAAAAUCCAACGCGCAAGGUAGCCCGUCAGUCCAAGAAAGCCCCCAGGAUCGUGGCAAGGAUUCGGCGACAAUUCCCCUCAGCCCGAGACAGAUGCCCCUCCCCCAUCAUCCGAGAGACCACGCCCUGGCUUGCCCUCAAGCCCUCGACCCUUUGGCUUAGGAAUGGGCGGGCCGCGUUCUCCAAUGCCUCUAGGUGCACCCCCUCUUUCUCCCCGUGGUCACACGCUCGCGAGUGCACCGCCUCUGUCUCCCCGACCCCCGGCAGCCCAUUCCGCUCCCCCGGCGCCCAGUUGACAGGAUCGUCAUUGGCGCCCAGCGCCAUGGGCCUACCUACACCUACUCCCAAGCCCCUUGCCAUUACGAAGCCGAGCGGCGAGAACUCACCUUCUACUCCAACGAUGGAGCGGCCGAGCCCAACCCAUAGGACGGCGAUCUUCAAAGGUCUCGUGACAGAGGAAUAUCCAGACCUGCUCAUGCCUCCCAAUGCGCUUCCCUCCGUUGACGUGCGGGUUGCGUCUUCGCGCAUGAAACCGUCUAGGGCCAGUUUGAUCUCUCUCACCCAACUCGAAGAAGAUCCUGUCUUCACUCUAGCCAUCAUCUCGCGAGCCGAUGGUGGUGAACUCUGGCGGGUGGAGAAGGACUCGGCGUCGCUCUCGAAACUCGACUCAAGAAUGAAGCAGUGCGGUGCGUUCACGGCCAGGACGCCGGACCGCUCGCUUUUUAGUGGCCACGCGCCCGCUAAGCUUGACGCGAGAAGGAUUGCUCUCGACUCGUACUUGGACGAAUUGAUGAACUCGCCUCUGGAUGUUGAAACCGCUUUGGAGUUGUGCAAGUACCUCUCCACCAAUACAUUGCCGCCUAAUUCUGAUGAGACCGUUGGGGUCAGGAAGAAGGUUUCUCCGGUCGCUACUAGGAAGGGUGCGGGCGGUCGACCCUUGAUCAGCGGCUAUCUCACCAAGCGUGGCAAGAACUUUGGCGGUUGGAAGGCGCGUUACUUCGCUCUCGAAGGUCCUCUCCUCAAGUACUACGAGACGCCUGGGGGCGCUCACCUCGGCACCAUCAAGUUGCAAAACGCCCAGAUUGGCAAGCAGGCGCAGCACCAAGACAACCAAUCUCCUGCACGUGGACCCAAUUCGGACGAAGCCGACAAUCAAUAUCGCCAUGCCUUCUUGAUAUUGGAACCGAAGAAGAAGGACACCACCAGCCACGUCAAGCAUGUAUUGUGCGCCGAAAGCGAUAUGGAGCGCGAUCAAUGGGUCGAGACGCUACUUCAGUGGAUCGAUUACCGGGACCCUGAUGACGAAGAUCAGCCGGCUCAGAAGAGAGGCCAGCAGGAACGCCGCGGGUCGAAUGACAACGCUGCCAAAUCUUCCAAGGGUCAGCCCAAGAAGAAGCGGGACCAAGUCAAGUCUCAGCACCAACAGUCGAAUUCGGAGACGCUCAUCGGAGUGAGCUAUGAUUCAACCACGCCAGGCGAUGCGCCUCAGGGCAUGCCUCGGGGUCGGAAUGGCGCUACAUCCUCUGAUCGACCGAGGACUGCUGGUGGUGAACGCCCCAAGACCGGAAUUGGCCUCCCUGGCAACCCCCACGACACAGACUUCCAGAUACCCGUCAUCUCUGCCCCGCGCGAUCCUCAGGUUAUCUCGGAUUCCUCGGCUUGGGGCGCCAAAUCUGGACUUGCCACGCCUGGCCUAACCACACCUGGCCUCGCCCCGCCGAGCUAUGAAGAGAAGAAGCAACGUAAACGUAGCUUCUUCGGCUUCGGUCCCAAAACCAGGACUUCUUCUGACGGACAGGAUUCUCUUUUCGAAGGCAGCUCAACCCCCACAAAACGAGCGGUACGGUUCAACGGGCCUGUCGAUAUCAGUGUCCCACUGCCCGCCGUUGUCUACAGAUGUAUUCAAUACCUUGAUGCAAGGAACGCCAUCGGAGAGGAAGGCAUUUUCCGCCUCAGCGGGUCAAAUGUCGUUAUCAAGCAGCUUCGAGAGCGAUUCAACACUGAGAGUGACGUGGACCUUGUGAACGACCGCACCUUUUACGAUAUUCAUGCAGUGGCCUCGCUCCUAAAGCUCUAUCUCCGCGAGUUGCCGACAACGAUUCUAACUCGUGACCUCCACCUCGAGUUCCUUGCUGUCACGGAACUCACCAAUCUCAAGGAGAAGGUUGUAGCUCUCAGUGAGUUGGUGAUUAUCAACAACGCGGACUUGAACAAGAUGACGGUGCGGAAUGUUGGCAUUGUGUUCUCGCCCACACUGAACAUACCCGCGCCCGUUUUUGCCAUGUUCCUACAGAAUUAUGAACCAAUCUUUGGCAUUGAACCCGAGGAGUAUGAGCUACCCUCGCCCACAUCCGAGUCGGAUACUCACUCGCAAGGACCCGGCUCAUUUGCCAUGGGCCCGAUAUCACGGGCUUCGGAGGGUAGCCCGCACACAUUAGUCGGGUCUUCUGUGGCAUCAUCGCCAGGGGAGAGCGGCUCAGUUGCCGCGGCGCGCUUAUUCGACCCUUCAGCGCAGAGAGGCUCCGCGGUGGACGCGCCACUAACCGCCACAGUAGGCGACGGGGCCCUUUCGACGGCCGCCGGAGGUCCGUUAGGGCGUAGCACGCCACAACAUGCGACAGACGUUCUCCCAGAUCACGCAGACGAUGCCAAGAGACCCCGCGCCUGCGAGGCGUGCCGCGGCUUGAAGGUGCGGUGCGAGAUGGCCGAGGACGGACCGUGCCGGCGGUGCUUAAAAGCGCGGAGGAGGUGCGUCGUCACUGCGAGGACGCGCACGGGAGAGAGGCAGAAGAAGACGGACACGAGGGUCUCGGAGCUCGAGAAGAAGAUUGACGCCCUGACGGCGACGUUACAAGCCAGAACUGGCCCGGAACCCAUGACCGUGCCGCUUGGUGCCUCCGAUGUGCCGCUCGGGCCCGGUGGUCGACCGGCGAGUAUUUCCUCGAGCGCUCAUCAGUCGUCCGUCACAGCGAUCCUGUCACCGGAUAGCGACGCAGCGUCCGCGCCCGAGCGCGUCGGAUCCUACGCGUCCACGGGCCAGAAACGGAAGCUGACCGACAUCUUUGGCACCGAAAGCAGGGAAGCCUCGCAGAAGAAGCCGACGACGGCAAAGGAGUCGAGCCUCGGUGCGGACUACGUUGAUUUUGUGGAUAGGGGCGUGAUGUCUCCAGAGGUGGCGGAGGAGCUGUUUGCUCGGUAUAACCAGGAGAUGGUCUAUCACCUGCCCGGCCCGCUCUUGUUCCUCGCCGUUAUGGCGUCGGCGGCGGCGGCGCGACCGGAGCUCCAGCGGCAGCUCAUCAAGGAGCUGAUGGAGAUUUUUGCGCGGAAAGUGAUUUGCAACGGCGAGAAGAGCCUCGAGCUCGUGCAGGCCCUGCUCGUCUCCGUCGCGUGGUACUUUCCGCCGGACAACUUCGAGGAGCUCAAGUUUUACCAAUUCAUACAUAUAGCCUGCGUCAUGGCGCUCGACCUAGGCCUCGGCCGCGCCUGCCCGGUGCGACGGAAACCGACCGGCGCGGCGAGCAACGCGAUCAACUUUUUCACCUUUCGCCCGGGCAAGGAGGAUCCCGAGAGCCUCGAGUGCCGGCGGACGUGGCUCAUGUGCUACUACCUCGCGUCCAACGCCGCCAUGGGGCUCCGCCGACCCUACCUCGUCCGAUGGAGCGUGUUUAUCGAGGAGAGCCUCAAGUUGCUCGAGACGUCGGCGGAAGCGGCGCCGACGGACAAGCAAUUCUGCAUCCUGCUGCGGAUCAACAAGCUCGGAGAAGAUGUGUCGACGCGCUUCUCCGUCGACGACCCCGCGAUGGCGGCAACCCUGCAAGAUUUUGGAACGCAGCUCGCCCUCCGCGGGUUCGAAGUGGAGCUGGAGAGGUUGAAGCGUUCCAUACCAGAGUCACUGAUGCAACCUGUGAUAAUACUCGGGAUUGAGUACCUUAAUAUAUACAUGCACGAAAGCUGCCUCCAGAACGCAAAUACGGACACGUUCAAGAGCUGCCUCACCACCGCGACCAUUGAUACAAUGCUCAACCCAAAGGCCAUGGGCAAGGCGCAAAUCGAUGCACUGCUCGCCUGCGUCGCGGCAAUCACGACGUCGUUUGACACGUUCCUAGGCAUGGAUAUCGCGAGAGUGCGCUGCCUUCCCGUCUUCAACUUUGUCCGCAUUGCCUACUCGCUCGUUAUCCUUAUCAAGGUCAACCUCGCCAUGUCAGCGGCGGAGACGCCGCUCACCACGAUCAUCGCGGAUAACCUCAGGGCCGAAACGUACCUAGAUUCCUUACUGGCCAAGCUCUCAGAGGCAUCCUCGGAAGGCAGAUGCCGGCCAGCGGGAAAGUUCUUAUCAGUCCUCUCGACAUUGAAAGGGUGGUUCACCAACAAGGGCGCACAGCAGCGUAAGAACGGCAGGCCUGAACGCCACAGCGGGAACGAGGCUGGGCCCGGACUUCGACCGUUCUCCUCCCCAACGCCGACGGUGGGCACCACCACAGCCGAGUCCGGGGUUCGGUCGGGCCCAACGACGAGACAAAGUCAGGCGCACCAGGUGAAUUACCCCGCCACAUCAACCGCAAAUACGCCGCUACAGCUGCUGUCGGAGGUGGCGACGGGCGACUCUGGCGCUAGGCAUCGGACAGCCGACGUGGGAUGGUCCACCAGAGCGGGGAGGCGUACGGCUAUCAGGAAGGGAGGAGCGCGGUGGAUAUGCAAACGCAGGUGGCUUGGCCACCAACGCCGCUGGGAUUAG